CUAGCUAGAGGCCCAGAAGCUAGCCAGUAGCCACUCCACCAGCUAGUUUCGCAGCUCGUAACCUAGCUAGCCAUGGCUUUGCCUUGUAGCCCCACAAGGCACUGCAGCUUAUUACUGCUCGUCGCCGGCGUGCUGCUGCUGCUGCUAGUAGGCAGCAUGCGCCCGUGCGCGGCGACCCUGGACGAGGACAUCGAGCUCAUCUGGGGCGCCAGCCACACCUACUUCUUCAUGGACGGCCCGGACACGGAGUCCCUGGCGCUCUCCCUGGACGAGCAGCAGGGCUCGUGCUUCCGCUCCAAGAACACGUAUUUAUACGGCACUAUCAGCAUGGACAUCAAGCUCGUCGAGGGCAACUCCGCCGGCGUCGUCGCCACCAUCUACACGAUCUCCGAAGGCCCCUGGUCGUACCACGACGAGAUCGACCUGGAGUUCCUCGGCAACGUCUCCGGCCAGCCCAUCACGCUCCACACCAACGUCUUCGCCAACGGCGUCGGCGGCCGGGAGCAGCAGUUCUACCUCUGGUUCGACCCCACCGCCGACUACCACACCUACACCAUCGAGUGGAACCCCAAGUACAUUUUGAUCAGGGUUGACGGGAAGGCGAUCCGGGCGUUCAAGAACUAUGAGGACCAGGGGGUGCCGUACCCAACGUGGCAGCAGCAGCGCGUGUACGGCAGCCUGUGGGACGCCGACGAGUGGGCGACGCAGGGCGGCGCCAUCAAGACCGACUGGUCCAACGCGCCCUUCGUCGCCUACUACCGCAACUACAACACCACCUGGUGCCGGCCGUCGCCCGGCGUCUCGUGGUGCGGCGCCGAGCCCAAGGACUCGCCGCGCUUCGACCUCGACCAGCAGACGCUCACCGACCUGCAGUGGGUCAACGCCAACUACCGGAUCUACGACUACUGCACCGACCACAAGAGGUUCAACGAGUCAGAGUUCCCCAAGGAGUGCUACCUGCAACGAGCAGGGCUCUGACUGAGUUCUCACGCAUUGCUUGAUGGCCAAUAUUGAUGAGGGGAUCGACGAUUGUUGUUGGGCUCGAUCGAUCCGCUGAUUGUUUCUGUACAUCUGAAGACACACAGGACAGGUACAAUUUUGAUUCUUUAUUAGAUUGGUGAUAUGGUCUCCCUCGAUCCGGCUGCUUCACUUCUUCUCGGGUCAUCAGAUGUAUCAACAUUUCUCUGACAGAGCUGUUGCUUUGUUCUAGCAUUAUUGAUUCGUCAUGUAAAACCAUGAUAUAAAUGGUUCCACAUUA